AUGUUGGUGCAGUUCUACACGGCCAUCAUCGAGUCCAUCCUCACCUCCUCCAUCACCGUGUGGUUCGCUGGAGCCACAGUCAGGGACAAACAGAGACUACAGCGCAUUGUGCGCUCUGCAGAGGAAGUGAUCGGCCGCAGCCUUCCAUCGCUGCAGGACCUCCUUCACGUAGCUGCUGCUCGAGGGCAGACUGAAUGCCUGGUGGCAAUCCUUUCCCAGGGAGUGGACCUGUCCAUCACAGAUUCAGCAGGUUUAAGUCCUUUACACCUUGCAGCCAAAAACAAUCACCCAGAAUGCUGCAAAAAGCUCAUCCAGUGUAAUUGUCAAAUAGAUGCCCUUGACAGUUUGGGAAAGACUGCGCUUCAUCAUGCUGCUGCGAGUGGGAGUGUCCAGACUGUUCAACUCCUCUGCAAACAAAAGUCUCCCAUCAACAUCAGAGACGCAGUGAGUGUUUUCUAA